UUCAAUAUCAAUUUUGAUGGGUAGUAGUAUACAUCAUCUAUCGAGUACAUGGUUGCCUCCGUCGCUCCUUCUUCAACAAAUCCACCAACUCAGAAGUAACUGGAGUGUUUGGGAACUUCCUCAACUUUAAAUUAUUUUACGAAAUAAUAAUAGUCUCCUCGUCUUCUCUCUCUCUCUCGCAACUCUUCUCCACUUCCUUUGUUACCUCAUAUUUUGCAAAUCUCAAUCGUUAUCCCCUUCCUAGGGUUCUCCUCUAUAUGCCUCUUCCUUUAAAUCCGAACCCUUUUUCUAUUUUUUAAUGGAACAAAUCUCUGCCUUUAACUUCCCCACUCAAUCUGUUUCUGAGAUCUUUUACUCUGUUUCGAUACCGUCUUAGCAGAAGAACCCUUUUGUGAAUUUCUGAAUAAUUUGCUUGCCUUAUCGAUUCACCUUGAGACUUUGAAGUCAAUUUUUUUCAUCUGUUGCGAUUCUGGUUUCUGGGCUUUGUUUUUUUUUUUUUUGGCGAUUGAUUGUUUAUCUUUUACCGUAUAGUAUUGGUGAAAAUGGAUGGGUUUGGUGCUGGGAGUGAUAUUCAAGAUGCUCCCACCCCACAGAAUCUUAAGCAACUUGGAGACAUACCUGCAGGAGAUGCAGUAUUUGAUGCGUCACAAUAUGCCUUCUUUGGGAAAGAUGUUGUUGAGGAAGUUGAGUUGGGGGGAUUAGAAGAUGAAGAACGUGAUUUACCUCCUGUUGAAUUUGAUGAGGAGGAGGAAAUUUUUUUCGGAAGAGAAGAGGCUGAAGAAAUGAGAUCUCUUUCAGAUGUUGAUGAUCUCACUACCACGUUUUCAAAGUUGAACACGGUUGCUAGUGGAACAAGAAGCAUGGGACUUAUGGGUGAACAAGUAUCAAGAGAAAAUUCCUCUGCUGCUGAAUGGGCACAAAGGGGCGAUGUGUCUAAUUGGUUUGAUCAGCAUGAUUAUGAAAGCGAAGGUGCUCAGGAUGGGAAAAGAUGGUCAUCACAACCACAUUCGUUGGUUCAGUUACAAGAGUCAAAGUCAAUAUACAGAACAUCUUCAUAUCCCGAGCAACAACAGCAGCUGCAACAACAACAUCAGCAUUUUUCUAGUGAACCAAUUUUGGUUCCAAAAUCUUCUUAUCCUCAUUCUGGUGGCAGGAUCCAGCAGGAUUCUCCAAAUCAGAGUGCAGGCCACCUGAAUAUGCCCUAUCACGUUGGUGGAUCUCAGAUGCCAUUGUCUUCGUCCAAUCAUUCUCAUUUCUCCAAUUCUCAGAUUCCAUUGACUGGCUUAGCUGGAUCCCCUUUUGGUGGGAAUAUGCAUCAGAUUACGAGUGGUUCUCCUGUUAAUAAUCGAAUGUCCAACCAAUGGGUCAACCAAGUUGGAUUAUAUCCUGGAGAUCCUCCCAACGUUCGGAACAAUUUAUUGCCUCAACAGUUGCCCCUUCAUAAUGGAUCAAUUCCUCCACAUCUGGUGACUCAGUUGCAGCAACCACAGCAGAGAAUGCAUCCUCCUCUUCAACAUUCUCCGGGCUUUUUAUCAGGUUUCCCACCCCAUUCUUAUAAUUCCAAUACUUCUCCUGGUGCGCCCAUGAUUGGCAAGUAUGAACAGAUGCUUGGGCUGAUCGACAUGAGAGAUCAAAGACCAAAGCUAGCUCCGAAAAUUAGACAGAACUUUCGGUUUCCUCCACAAAAUUUUGAUAUGGGUUUCCAGAGGAGUGAAAGCGGAUGGCCACAAUUUAGGUCCAAGUAUAUGACAACAGAUGAGAUUGAAAAUAUUCUUAGGAUGCAGCUUGCGGCAACACAUAGUAAUGACCCCUAUGUAGAUGAUUAUUAUCACCAGGCUUGUCUUGCAAAAAAGUCCUCUAAUGCUAAAUUGAAGCACCACUUCUGUCCAAAUCAAAUCAGGGAACUCCCUCCACGAGCCCGUGCUAAUACUGAGCCUCAUGCUUUUCUUCAGGUUGAUGCCCUAGGGAGAGUUCCAUUUUCAUCAAUUCGCAGGCCCCGUCCUCUUUUGGAAGUUGAUCCUCCAAAUUCUUCUGCUAGUAGCACUGAGCAAAACAUUCCGGAGAAACCCCUUGAGCAGGAGCCAAUGCUUGCAGCUAGGGUUACCAUUGAGGAUGGAUUAUGUCUUCUUCUUGAUGUAGAUGAUAUUGAUCGUUUCCUACAGUUUAAUCAGCUCCAAGAUGGUGGAAUUCAGUUGAAGCAGCGUCGAAAGGAUCUGUUGGAAGGACUUGCUGCCUCACUUCAUUUAGUUGACCCGCUGGGAAAGAAUGGGCAUACUGUUGGUCUUGCUGCAAAAGAUGAUUUUGUUUUCCUGAGGAUAGCAUCUCUACCCAAGGGAUGGAAGCUUCUUGCUAGGUACCUUAAAUGUCUUUUUUCAGGUGGUGAGCUUAUGCGAAUGGUCUGCAUGGCUAUCUUUCGUCAUUUAAGGUUUUUAUUUGGUCGUUAUCCAACUGACCCAGCGGCAGCAGAAGCUGUAAGUAACCUUGCUGGGGUUGUUUCAAUGUGUGUCCGUGGAAUGGAUCUUGGAGCACUUAGUGCUUGUCUUGCAGCAGUAGUUUGCUCCUCGGAGCAGCCCCCUCUACGUCCCUUGGGAAGCCCUGCUGGUGAUGGGGCUUCUGUAGUUUUAGUGUCUUUGCUUGAGAGGGCCACUGAAAUUUUAACUGAUCGCCAUGCUGCCAGCAACUGUAGUAUGUCAAAUCGGUUGCUUUGGCAGGCUUCAUUUGAUGAUUUCUUUUCUCUUCUUACGAAGUAUUGCAUGAACAAAUAUGAUAGUAUUGUGCAAUCAUUGCUGAUGCAAGGGACACCAAAUAUGGCUGCGAUUGGGUCAGAUGCUACCAGAGCCGUUAGUAAGGAAAUGCCUGUUGAGCUCUUACGUGCCAGUCUACCUCACACCAACGAGCACCAGAAAAAGCAAUUACUCGAGUUUGCUCAACGUUCUGUGCCCGUUGCCGGAUUUAAUAACAAUUCUGGGGCUAGCAGUGGUCAUGCGCACUCAGAGUCAGUUUUGAAUUAAUAAUGUACUCGGACAUUCAAAUAAGGAGCAUGAUUUUGAAUUAAAAUGUGGCAGUAACUGCCAUAGGGAGGAUCUCGUAUUAGGUACUUCUGUAGCAGUCUGAUGUGGUGGAAGCAUUAGUUGCAUCUAUUAUGGAAAUUUUAGCCUCUUAUUUUGUUAUAUUGACAGAAUUCCGUGGAGCAUUGUGAUAUUUUGCAGCCAGGCCCAUCUGUAUCAUAGAGUUGGCUUGAUUUGUUUCUCUUGUCUUUUAUUUUUCUCUUGACAGGGGAGAUUAAUUUUUUUACUCUGGUUUCUAGAGCACUGUAGUGGUUAAUAUGUACAAGUUUUAGGCUUAUGAAGUUGGAACAAGUUUUAGGCUUAUGAAGUUGGAUUCCCAUGUUCCUUUUACUAUUAUCAUACAAAGGCAUGGGAUUGGUUGCAUGAAUGCUUACCUGUGUAGGAAACCCACCCUCUUAAUUGAAGUGGCUUUUUGGGUGCACAACUACAACCAGACGACAGGUUGGCAUGACAAGCUUUUCUGAACUGCUGAUGAAUGCUGUAGCAAAGAAUGUACUUUUUUUUUUUUUGGGAACUUGGUUCAUAAUAUGGUGCCCUUGUUAUUUUCUUCUUGCAACCUAUUCUUUGUUGGUCUGACUCCAUUGAUCCGUCUUGCUGUCUCAUUGUUGGGUUUUCUUCAAUAUCUUUGAUAUAGUCUCGACUGAUUUUUACCUUGGUCAGCUAUGAGCAUUAUUACUUGUAUUUGGUGCCAUCAAA